GCGGAGCGCCGCAUCGUAGCUACUCUUCCCCGCUGUGCUAGUGGGUUAAUCAAAAUAGAACAUUACAUUUCGCAACGCUCUCCUUUUAGACUAAAAAACUAACACUAUACAUCUCUUUUCCAUAAAGUGCAAAAAUGAAAUAUAGGGUUUCGCACAGGUUCCUUCUACUCCCGCACCAUACUCGUCCCUUUAACCACACACGCUGCUUCACUUCCUUCGCAAAAAAGUUUCAAACACCUCAAGCUCGUGCUUCUGUCAAUGGCGGAAGUGGAAAUUCUCAAGGGGAUUCUUUUCUUGUACCUGGGGCAACAGUUGCUACCAUUCUGAUGCUUGGUGUUCUCCAUGCCCGACGACUCUAUGAUGACAAGAAGACUGAAGAGAUGAGGGAGAAAGGAAUUGAGUUGGAGUUCCAACCUGAUGUAAAGGCUACAUUUUUGAGAAUACUGCCUCUGCGUUCAAUUUCUAGAUGUUGGGGAUACUUGACAAGCAUGGAAAUACCAGUGUGGCUAAGGCCGUAUGUUUAUAAAGCUUGGGCUCGAGCAUUCCAUUCAAAUUUGGAAGAAGCUGCUUUACCUCUAGACAAGUAUACCUCUUUAAGGGAUUUCUUUGGUCGGGCUUUGAAAGAAGGUUCCAGGCCUAUUGAUGCUUAUUCACAGUGUCUGGUUAGUCCUGUAGAUGGCAUAGUUUUAAGAUUUGGGGAGUUGAAGGGAGCAGGGGCAAUGAUUGAACAAGUAAAAGGGUUUUCAUAUUCUGUUUUUUCUCUUCUUGGUGCAAGCCCUUCCCUUCCAACAACAGCUGAUGGUGAUGUGCAAGAGGAGCACAGUGAAUCAAUAACUACUACUGAGAAGAACAAGAAAUCAUGGUGGAGGGUUUCAUUGGCUUCGCCAAAAGUUUGGGACCCAACAUCACGCCCAAAGAGAGGCCUUUUUUACUGUGUGAUUUACUUGAAGCCUGGAGAUUACCAUCGGAUACACUCCCCAGCUGACUGGAACAUUCUAGUACGCAGGCAUUUUUCUGGCCGACUUUAUCCCUUGAAUGAACGUGCUACAAGAACAAUUAGAAAUCUCUAUAUAGAGAAUGAGAGGGUUAUUCUUGAAGGUCUAUGGCAGGAAGGGUUUAUGGCACUUGCUGCAAUUGGUGCCACAAAUAUUGGGUCAAUUGAGCUUUUCAUUGAGCCCGAACUUCAGACAAACAAGCCAAUGAAGAAGUUUCUACAUUCAGAGCCCCCUGAAGAACGGGUUUAUGAAUGUGAAGGUGUUGGUAGAAUGCUUAAAAAAGGAGAUGAGUUAGGUGCUUUCAACAUGGGAUCAACAGUUGUGCUUGUUUUCCAAGCUCCAAUUUCGAAACUCCACGAGGGCGAUUCAUCUCAAGAGUUCCAGUUCUGUGUCAAAGGCGGGGAUAGAAUUCGUGUUGGUGAGGCUCUAGGGAGGUGGCAUUGUUCGUGACAAAGUUAAUUUUGUGUGCAGCUCAUUAUAUUUGUGAAAUAUACGCUGCCCCAGACUGGUGAUGUUUAAAGUAUUUUCGAUAUUUUAUAUGAAGAAUCUUUAGUACCACUUACUCGAAACUAUGAUUAAUAUUUGAUAUUAAUGGAUUUGAAUCAUCCCGUAUUAUUAAGAUGAUAUU